GUUUUGAAUCUCGGCAUUAUGAACGACUUUGGAUUCAUUGAUUACAAAAAGCCAAGUGAUGAGUGUAAGGACGAUAUGCGUACCUCAACCUAUCGCAGUCAUGUUUACAUGACUGACACAAUGAUAGGAAAUCAUACGCAUGCGAAAAUCAAAGAAUCGAAACCAUAUAAACUGGAUCCAACCUUAGAGGAAAUGCGCACCAGCGAUUACAAAGCCAAUUACACAUGGAAGUAUGCCGAUCCAAAUAACAUUAUAAAUCCAUCGCUUGGUCCAAAAGUGCAAUCGAUGAAAAGCUUUGAAGAUUGUCGUUUACGUUUCAUAAGUCGCCCAAUGCGUCCAGCCAGUAGUGUGAUGCGUCAGGAUUACCUUUGGAAGCCGCGAGCACCGCCUGACCCACCUACGCCUUCACCCAUACCACUGCCAUCUCCUGUAGCCGCUUCAAGCUUGGUAGUUAAUCGCGCUAAAUCCGGCUAUUCGAAAUUGCUCGAUCCUGCAGCGACAACUUCACGCCUGGAUUAUGUCCAUUACACACCACAAGAGGUGAUGGCAAGUGUAGCACGAAAAGACAAUAUAACAUUCUGGAAUUGGAAUGAGAAGGCAGCACCAACCAAGCGUGUAUUUCUUGGCAGUGACGAGACAUUGUGCAAUGAGAAGUCUGCAAAGGAGUGCCCAAAACGGCGUUGUGAAUUCCCCAGUCCAGUACAACGUGUGCCCAACUCAGGUAUGACUACCGAAGUGCGUGCCAACUUUGUAGAGCCAAUCAAGCGUGUUAUAGAUUUUCCCACGGCCCAUAUACAGAAUUGUUUGGUAUAUGAUCCGAUAACGCCAUCACCAAAAGACACCGAAUAUAAAUUAUAUGGAUCCGGAGAGCGUACGCAGAAGUUCGUCUGAAAAGAGAAGGUACUUUUGCAUCAAAUCUGAUCACAAGUAUUAGUGUUUAAAUAAAUACUCAUCUUUUUUGAUAUCUGAAAUCGUUAGUCUACAGUUUUUGGUAUGUUUUAAAAGGUAUAGCAUAUUUUGCGGCACCAGUUCAC